AUAAAAUUUUCAAAUUCAAUGAAAUUUCUUGAUAUUUCGUCUCUCGAUUCUAUAAACACUGCUUUAGUGUUUGAGAACCCUGAAUGUAGAGUAAUAGGUCGAAUAGAAACUUAUUCUUUUGAUAAAAAACUUUAUAAAAAUCUUGAAGGACGAUGGAACGCACAAAUUACUCAAUCGCAGAGUGUAUCACCCGAACAGCAUAGUUUUCAUAAUAUAAUAUCUCCUUUUGGUCCAAUGGAUCAGCCAUCUUCUCGAAGGACUUUAUUCAAUUUGAUAGCAACUUUAAACGCGUCUUACCCUGAUUAUGAUUUUUCUGAUGUUAAACCUGAUCAAUUCACAAAACAACCAUCGGUUCCGAUGGUUUGCAAUUACAUCAACAAUACUCUUUUUAACCUCGGUCGUGCAUACAUUGUAAAUGACCUCAACCUAUGGCAAAUAGUUGAUGAUAUAAUUGAAUUAGAUGAAUGUAAUGUUUAUUCGUUCAAUCCUGAUGUAGACUCUGAUCCAAAUGCUGAAGAUGGUGCAAUUAUAAACGCACCUUUACAAGAAGAUGAACCAUUAGAUUCUUUUUCGGGAUCUGAGAGUGACAUCAAGUAA